AAUGCAUUGGGCAUCCCAUGAACGCUAAUGGGAGCUAACGACACAGGACUAUGACGAGAUUCGCGAGAAAGUGUGGACGUAUCCGGGAGCAGCCAGAAGCUCUUGCGUGUCCCACGGACUAGCGCCAUCUAAACGCCCAACUGGCCGACCUCUCACUUAUCAUACUUUGACGUUUUGCACGUACCUUCACUCAGCUGCAGCAAUAGCCAGUUGUGAUGCGUGGGAAACAUGCCUUUCAUCGGAGAAAAUGCCGUUGGUGACGAUGCUUCGUCUUGGAGCUGGAACUCAUUGGCGUCUCCCCUUCUCACUUCUCAGUUGGCUCCUGGAAAGCUGGUCCGGCAUCGUUCAACUCCAUCGCAAUUCAUUUUCCGAUAACCCUGUCAUUCGUCAAUGGGCCAUUUCCAUCGCAUUUACCCCUCUUCAACACGUCCCAUCCCGUCUUGUUCACCCGCAAAGUCAAUUGAGUGUUGCUCCACUCCUACCGCGCGGACUAUGCCCCGAUUCCCCUCCGGCGCGGCUGGGAUCACCCGACCGAAAGCUGCGAGCCGCUUCGUCUCCGUCGGCAGCCCUUCCAAUAAGAUGGCUCGCAUUAAGCAGCAAUGGAUUCAAUGGUGUCCCGAGCGGAUCCGUCCCCGAGGUUUCUAGUGGAGUGCUUCACGAUGUCCCUGCCGGUAGCCUAUUGAGGAACAGGAAGAAAGCAACGAGCUCUGUUGGCUUUCCCCGCCUUCCCACUCUGCCCGCAUUGUGAACCUUGGCUGCCGUUUUCGCUGCCAGUAGCUUUGCUCUCGCGCUCGAGCUACCUACUAGUAGUAUGUACACAGAACACAAGUUGUGUGGUGGGUGAAACAAAGUUCAAAAACAUGUUGCCGCCCCCCAGUCGCCCUUUUCCCUUCCCCGCGUCUACUGCUGCUCGUUGAAUUAUUUUCUCCCUUUCAUGAUAUUUCGUUGACACCAAUUCGGUACAUUGGAAAAAACUUGGCUCUCCCGACUCUCGAAUUCAAACGGGCCAACGCGAAUUGACGCAGUCGUCUUCUUCUACCGAAGCGAACACCUAUUUACGCUACCCAAAAGCCUUCACAAUGAGCGCAGACCAAGCAGGCCACGCCCCAGGUGACGCUGAAGAGACCAGCUACAAGGACAGCCACGAUUACAUCCAGUUCAAGGAGCACCCCAUUGAAGGACAACUCAACCGGUGGUCGCACACAAUCACAAGGGAACAUGACUUUCCCGGCGCACAGGCCAUGCUGUACGGCGCUGGCGUGCCGAACAAGGAGAUGAUGAAGAAGGCGCCGCAUGUUGGUAUUGCAACAGUGUGGUGGGAGGGCAACCCUUGCAACACGCAUCUGCUCGAUUUUGGCAAGAUUGUGAAAAAAGCUGUUGAGAAGCAGGGCAUGCUCGGCUGGCAGUUCAACACCGUGGGCGUGUCAGACGCCAUCACUAUGGGAGGAGAAGGCAUGCGCUUCUCCCUCCAGACUCGCGAAAUCAUUGCCGAUAGUAUCGAAUCGGUGACUUGCGCACAGCACCACGACGCCAACAUCUCUAUUCCGGGUUGCGAUAAGAACAUGCCGGGUACGAUCAUGGCCGCCGCGCGUCACAACCGCCCCUUUAUCAUGAUCUACGGCGGUACCAUCAUGAAGGGUCACUCGGACCUUCUGGAGAAGCCCAUCAACAUCAGUACUUGCUACGAGGCCCGCGGUGCUUUCACAUACGACCGCCUCCACGCAAAGACCAACCCGGGCACGGAAGGCCGCACCCCGUCCGACGUCCUCGACGAUAUUGAGCAGCACGCCUGCCCUGGAGCCGGUGCUUGCGGAGGCAUGUACACGGCAAACACCAUGGCGACCGCGAUUGAGGCAAUGGGUCUGUCUCUCCCUGGAUCUUCAUCAUACCCGGCUCUGUCCCCGGAAAAGGCCCGCGAAUGCGAGCGCGCCGCUGCCACUAUCAAGAUCACCAUGGAGAAGGACCUCCGCCCUCGCAAGCUCAUGACCCGAGCCGCCUUUGAGAACGCUCUAGUGCUCACCAUGAUCCUCGGCGGUUCCACCAACGGUGUCCUCCACUUCCUCGCCAUGGCCAACACGGCCGACGUGCCCCUGACGAUUGACGACAUCGACCGCACCAGCAACCGUAUCCCCUUCCUGGCCGACCUGGCUCCGUCAGGAAAGUACUACAUGGAGGACCUCUACAAAGUAGGCGGCACGCCCUCCGUUCUCAAGAUGCUCGUCGCAGCCAACCUCAUUGACGGCUCCAUCAUGACGGUGACGGGCCGUACCCUCGCAGAAAACGUGGCAGACUGGCCCUCCCUCGACCCGAACCAGAAGAUCAUCCGUCCGCUCUCGAAUCCGAUCAAAGCGACGGGCCACAUCCGCAUCCUCCGCGGAAACCUCGCUCCCGAAGGCGCCGUCGCCAAAAUCACCGGCAAGGAAGGCCUCACUUUCACGGGCAAGGCCCGCGUCUUCGACAAGGAGCACGAGCUCGACGUUGCGCUGUCGGCGGGCUCCAUCCGCCGCGAGGACGGCAAUCUCGUUCUCAUUGUCCGAUACGAGGGACCCAAGGGCGGACCGGGCAUGCCGGAGCAGCUCCGCGCCAGCGCGGCCAUCAUGGGUGCCGGGCUGGAUAACGUGGCGCUCGUGACGGACGGAAGGUACAGCGGUGCGUCCCACGGCUUCAUCAUCGGCCACGUCUGUCCCGAGGCGGCGGUCGGCGGGCCGCUUGCGCUUGUGAAGAAUGGAGAUACGGUUACCAUCAACGGUGAGACGAAUCGCAUCGACGCUGUGGAUGUUGACGAGGCGGAGAUGGAGAGGCGGAGGAAGGAGUGGAAGGCUCCUUUGCCGCAUGUGAGGAGAGGCGCUUUGGGUAAGUAUGCGAGGUUGGUGGGUGAUGCCAGUCAUGGCGCCGUCACGGACGCGGCGGAUCCGUCGUGGUAGAUUGGUGUAGACAUGUCUUGAUAUAGACUUGUAAUUCAGUAUAAUUUGGGAG